AUGGCUAGAACGAAGCAAACAGCAAGAAAAUCCACUGGUGGUAAAGCCCCAAGAAAACAAUUAGCCUCCAAAGCUGCUAGAAAAUCAGCUCCAUCUACAGGUGGUGUCAAGAAACCUCACAGAUAUAAGCCAGGUACCGUUGCCUUAAGAGAAAUUAGAAGAUUCCAAAAAUCUACUGAAUUAUUGAUUAGAAAAUUACCAUUCCAAAGAUUAGUUAGAGAAAUUGCUCAAGAUUUCAAAACUGAUUUAAGAUUCCAAUCUUCUGCUAUUGGUGCUUUACAAGAAUCCGUUGAAGCUUAUUUAGUUUCCUUGUUUGAAGAUACUAACUUGGCUGCUAUUCAUGCAAAGCGUGUUACUAUUCAAAAGAAGGAUAUUAAAUUGGCUAGAAGAUUAAGAGGUGAAAGAUCAUAA